AUGGAACCACGCGGCUUCAAGAGAGCAGGACCUUCGACCACCACAGAUUCAAGCAAGCGACGAGCGCCAUAUCCUGCCGGCGACGGAAAGGCAGAUGUGACGGCCAGCAACCAUGCGGGUACUGCGGUAACCGGAGCCAGCUCUGCACCUACGAGCAAGACACUAGGAUUUUUCGAUAUCCAGGGCGGCAGACAACAUCGCAAGAGAAGGAUAUCGGUCGGGCGCAAGACCAAGCGCAUUUGUCCCGGGCCUUCUCUUACCGGGCAAGUUGCAAGUCUCCGUGUCCAGCUAAACAAUGUCAAGCCCAUGGCAAAAGCCAUCAAUGAACCGAAUAGCAGCACUGGCUACGCAUCUACAAAUGCCCUGCUUUCAGUUGAGAAUCGUUGCUCCGAUGGUGAAUCGAUGGGCGUACCAAACAGGCAAGAUCAGGCAGGUCGAGACGGAUCUAAAUCAAACAGGACCAACCAAGUAUUCUACGGACCAACAAGCGCGGACUACAGCAUGAAUCUGGUGCGGAUGAAAUUGCGAGAGCGAAGUAUCCUCACACCCUUACACCGCCGCCCGAUGCUGUCAAGUUUUGAAGAAGGCACCACCUCGUCAACCAGCCAUUGGCAACCAACACGGCAUAGUGACAGACACCAGUUAUUGCAGUUCCGGGCCUGCCUGACGUUGCAAGACGCCAAAGACGCCUUAUCCACGUACCACGAGGUUGUGGGAGCUUUGCAUCCAUUCGUCGAAUCUGAACGCAUGGAAAAGCAGUUGGACGUCUGGUACUCUUACGAUUCGAGCCACUUUACCGGCGGACACAACCAGCCGGAUGAUGAUGAUCUUAUAAUCUUGGUUCUGAUGCUAGCAAUAGCAGCACAGGCCCAAGUGGAUACGACCCAGGCAAAACUGGCGGUAGUUAUGCAUUCUAGCGUUCAGCACGCGGCCAAUGCAACGGCCACGUCCGGCACAGCAAGCAUGAAAAAAGCCAUCAUCGUCUUACUACUGGGUUACUAUUACUUUUGCUACGAUCUGCCACGACUUGCGUUAAGGAUGUGUGGCACAGCUGGGCGUAUAUUGUUGGAGCUCGGAUUUCACAACGGCGAUGUUCUAGAUGAAGUUCUUCAUUCCGACGGCGAGCGCAAGGCUGUCUGCGUAAUGAUGGCCUCCAUCAUUAUACUUGAUCGCCAAUGGAGCGCAAUGACUGGCCUGCCGGCAAACUUCCCAAAUGCCACAUUCAAUCCGACACCUACCUACCUGAUUGACGCACCUUACACGAACGCAAUGUACAAGCUCGUCUUGAUCAGCGACAGGUUCAACGAGCCUAUAAUGCUUGCAGCCAGAGGUAACAGCCAUAUCGACGAUGACGCCAUUGAGCUCCUGGUCUUCCAAAUCCAACGGUGGGAGCAAAGCUUCGUCGGGGACGAGAUCCUCCGCGACAGAGAAUCUUCAAUUUCAAAUCCGGCGGCCGUCCCUCCUCCUUGGGCGCUGCUAGUGGUUUUCCGAGCUGCGUCCCUACGAAGUCUCCUACUCCGGCCAUAUUUCUUCCCAACAUCCCAUAUCCAGGGAAGCAGAAAACAUAUACUCCCAGCCCUAGCGCUGGCUUCUCAUGUCAUGGAUGCUCUCACUACGUUAGAUCUCACCACAACUAUCUACCGCAACCAACGGCCGUACUACCAAUACAUAUUGGCAUCCAUUUGCGCCCUCAUGUUCCUUGUCACAGCCUAUGUUGAAGAGCAUCGACAAGCUCUCUCUCAGUAUCUGCCGCCUGACUAUGAUGAUCAAAUUCUUUAUUGCUUCCGGCUAGCGAAAGGGUUAACUGAAAAAUAUGCAGGUGUAUCCAAGGCAGCGCAUACUCUGUGGAGGAGAAUUCGAGAACUCUGUAAUGCAAUGGAGAGCUACGGCUCACAGAGCAGCGCCGAAACGGGGGGCCCGUUGGCAACCGCCCCUGCCAACACUGGGUCCACGACUGUACACCCUCCUUUGACCUCCCAGCAAUCACAGUCUCCAGCUUGUCCACAGGCUCAAGAACAGCCCCAGACAGUCAUGCAAGACUUUCCUUUCCGGUUUGAUCCUUGGUAUUUCGGCGGCAGCUUAGAUAUGGAUUUCACAGUCGAUGGUGACAACGGCGUUUUGCAAAGCUCACAAGCUUGCGGACUGGCGGGAUGGCCAUAUAAUUCAAGAUUUUUGACGGCUAUGGAGUUCAUCUAUACGGGGUACGUCUCUGCUCGCAACGGGAUUGUGGUCGAAGUCGCUCGUGGUCAGCCAGAUGGACCAUAUGAACAGGUCAUCCCAAUAAUUUCUCGCCCGCAACACACCCUUGUACGGGACUGA